UCCACGAAUUUCUACACCUACAAGAAAGGUAGCCACAGAGAGGGGAAAAUGAGAAAAUAUAUGGUUCUCUUUCAUAUUAUGUGUUUAUGCUGCUGCUUACCACGAGUAUCCAACAAUUCUCAUUCCUUCUAUGAAAGCGGUAUAGAUAAUACAAAUAAAUCAAAUGGCGACAAUGACUUAGGCCUGCUGUUGGAUAACUCGGUCAACCGACAUGUCGGUCAUAAUUGGUUCUCGACAGUUCAACAUAAGAAAAGAUCUUACCAAGUAAACAAACGACACAUAACCGAAGGAUUAAUUAAUAGUGAUUUAACUGCUUUAAAUCAACCUUCAGCAGGGAAAAAUUCUGGUCCAGCUGGCAAAAUGAGUAAGAAUUUAAAGCAUUUUGAUCUUGACAUAACCGUUCUUUCAGAAGGCCUUGGUUCAGUUAAAGGAUCUGGAAAACUAUCUGGUUUUUCUCCUAUUGUUUCUUCGCCGUAUACUUUGCUUGGCACAAGGGAAAACACUCGACUUAAAAAAAGUGGCAACCUUCGCUCCUAUAAAAUGCAGGAACUGUCUAACAAAGUGCUAAACGCACUCUCUCAUAUCCAACCAAAUGAGCAACAAACUACCCCCUCCUUCAUGGCCACAGCUCUACAAAGUAACACUAAUUAUAAGAACCGUCAUUCUAUGGGAUUUGAUAUCGGUAGUGGAAUUUAUCUUUUUGGACUAGAUCAUGCUGUGUCGGACCUUCUUGGUAAAAAAAAUACCUUAGUAAAAUACUUAUGUGAAGAUUUGAUUGGUGGACCCACAGAGAACAUAGUUAGAAAGCACGACUCGCCACGGAAUGUAAAAAGGACCACUAAUUUCCCUAAAUAUAAUUCUAUGAGUGCUGCUAGACUUGAAAAAAAAACGAUCAAAGUUUAUGAUUUGGAGUUUCCUCAACAAAAUGAAAUGGUGCAAGAGUCAAAAAAUCCUCAUAAUAAGAAGAAAAUAACAGAAAACGAGAAAAUAACUUACUUUCCUCUGUUCACAAGACUAAGAGAGAAACAACGGUUGGACCAUUAUGAUGAAAACUCGCAAUCUGCUGAAUUAAAUAGACUCUUCUUGUCUAACUUCAAUCAUAAUGGAAACUUUUGCGACCUGAAGACUUGCAAGACUCACCAAGAGCAAACUAACACUCUUCCGGUUAAGAAACUCUUCUAUUCUCGAGGAUGGGGUCCUGGCGGUGAACCUCUGAAAAUGCGUACCACGUAUUCUCUAGAAGACGAGAAUCCCGAGAUAAGGGUCAUUCAAAGUAAACCAAAUGAUGACGAAGUAUCUAGCCCUUCCAAUUCAUACUUUCCCAGACAUCGUCUUGGGAAAUGGAAAGUUGGACAUCUUUUUGGCCCUUACUGGUGAUACACUGAAGGCAGCACGUGCUUGAAAUUCAUGUUAUCAUCUAAGUCUUGUUCCGUGUUUCAGUAUUAAGUGAUAUUCUAAGACACUAAUAAUUAAAAAUUGAUUAUUAAUGGCUUUUAAUGACCUAUUGUUUCUGUUUUAAGCACCUCACAACAGAGUCGAAUGUGCGUAACACUAUAUUAUACACCAAUUAAUUAUUUUACAAUAAGAUAUUGUAUUUUUGCGUCUUUACCAAUUUCGGAAAAAAAUAUCUUUCCAUUU